AUGGCUAAGUCUGGAGGGCGCCCUCUUCCCAAGGUUGUUGAAGACAAUUUUGACCGUCUCGAAGAUGUCCCAAACUCAUCCAAUAGAUCUUAUUUCAAAUGCAAACACUGUCCGCUUAAUUCCCCCGGUGCCCACAUCGAGAACCGUGACAAUAAUCUGCCGAAACACCUUACCGAUGCCACACAAUGCCGAGUUGAGGCCGGUAUGGUGCCAAAAUCCAUCGAUGGCGAGUUCUCGUUCUGCCACGUUCUGCCGGUUCUGCCGGCAGAACUGCCCGCAAAUAGUUCUGCCCACAACACUACCCGUUUCAGCAGCCAAAAUGACAGCAAUGGUGUUGAACCAGCCACAAAAGUCAAGGUGAUGGCUGGGACUCAAAUCUUUCCUCCUCUUGUCCCUGAUAACAUGUUACGGUCACAUCCUGCUCUUGAUAUCGACGGGAAAGACCUCCAAGUUAGGUGGCAGGUAGUCCCAAAUGGCAAGAAUUCGAGCGCGACAGUGAAGCAUGUACAAGCAUCUGAAGUUCUGCCGCAUUCACGAGCACCGAACAUCUUCCGCACGUCACAUCUACUGGGAUCGGAAGGCACAGUUAUUCCUGAUCUAGGAAGACAAUGUGCUGGCGUUGUUGAUGUUUCAGCGCUUCCAAACGUUCCUCCCGCAGCUGCUCAUGUAGAUUUUGCGCAGAAGCCGGUCAUGUUAGAUGCAGAUAUGAGACUCGCCCCUUCAAUCUUGGUUUCUCUUUUACCUUACUCCGGUCUUAUCCUACCAACUCAUUUCGCCGCACUCAGCAUAUCCUCAACUUUCCUCGUCAUUUAUUUCAAUGCACACAACCUGUCGAGCUUAACUAACUCUGUACGACCUCAUAACCCAGGACGUCCAUUCUUAUAUGUAGUAGGAAUAGUCAACACCAAACAGUGUCCGACUGGCCAUCCUGACCGUGUCAUCGCUCUCAUCAACCUAACGUCGAGUUUUCAAUGCGACAUUCACAAGGAUGCUCACAAUCUGACUCAGCACAUCUCUAUAGGUUACCCCGAGCAUCUCUCUACCAUCUCUCCGAAGCGCUCGCUGACUUGGUACCACAACAAGAAAUGA